CUUGAAGCAUGCAUAUGCGCAUUGCGGAACUCUUGAGAACAGCAUAAGACUAUGGCGGUUGCAGAUCUUUAGGAAGACCGCAGACGAGAAAAAUGGAAGUCAAUUUUCGAUUGUUGGCUUCCCGUCUUGUUGCUUGCGGUUGGCUGUUCUGGAUUAGUUGAUUUCAAGCCGGGGUACCAGUACCAGUACAAGUACGGCGCGUCCACAACACUCAAGCAUGCAGGCGUCGUCCUGACGUCCGCGAAGGUCCACGUCAAUGUGCUGGGAGGAGACAAGUGGAACCGACAUUGCCAGUUGGACGUCAAAAACUUCCUCCACACCCUUAAAGAUAACCCUAAAACAAAUCAUAAAGACCAAGAGGACCUCUCAAAAUGGUUCAGCUUUAACGUCUCAAACAGUGGUGAGAUCCUUGAGGUGCAGUAUCCAGAGGAUGAGAAGUCGUCUGCUCUUAUGCAGAAGAAGGCACUUCUGGGGGCAUUCUCCUCACGACUGCACGCUUCCUACCAGGAUCUCAACCAUGGGGGAAACCGUCAAUGGCGCUACGUUGUCAAUGAGACAGGGCAUGAAGGUGUCCACGAAGCGGAGUAUGAAGGGAAGAAUAAUGGUGACACGCUCGUCUUCAAGCGACAGAAGUUCUCGCACAUUGUCCCCAAUGCUGAGACUGCACACCAAAAGGAAAUCUGGUACCACAAGGAGAAGCAAGUUCCGACUAAAAUCAUCAUUGGUGAAAAGUUUACAGCUCCAAGGAAAGUAAUGACUGGUUAUCAAGCCCCCAAUGGGAUUCCAGUUGGGUUUGGUGAAAGCCACAUGUAUGAGAGUGAUGAUAGCUUCGAUUUACCAGAGAUGCACACAUUCUCCAACAGUCAGAUGGAGCUGACGGACAUUGUGCCCUUCCCAGAAGGACUCGAACUGCCUGCGGACUUGGUGAAGAGCAGUCUCUUUAUUGAUGAGUACCCCAAAAAGACAUAUGAACUGGAUGCCAAAGUUCAGAAAGACAUCGUGGGAAACCUCACCUGUAUGCGUGAAAUUCGUCCUCGAUAUGAGAGGAAACGAAUGAUGUGCUUCGAACAGCUAGUGAACAUCGUCCGCCACCUUGAACAAGGGGAUGUUGCAAAGCUGGCCGAUCAGUACAUCCAGUUUCCACCCAAGGGGAAAAAUGGUACAGAAAACAUGGAGGCCAUCAUUGACGCACUUGGCGCGGCCGCUGUGGAGGAGUCGCAGAUAAUCCUGACGGAGAGGAUUCUGCUGAGGGAUCCGCCUGAUGCUGAGCUGCUGAAGAGGAUGUUUUCUCAUUUUGUCAAUCUGGAACAUCCACCGGCUGUGAUGUUUUUUGAUGCCCUGGAGAACUUUGUAUUUGGGACAAACCCUCCUGCAAACCAUGAAUCAGAUGAUGAAGACAUCAUGGCGAUGGCAACCCUAGUCCUUGGUGCCCUGGUCAACAAACUGAUGUCUACAGAUCCUGUGCGCGGAGAGAGUAUUGUAGCCAGAAUGGAAGAAGAACUCCAACACCAUGAUCCUGUAAAACACAGGGCCAAACGAGCUGCAGAAAUGGCUGAAGAACUGAAGAAGGAAAAGGAGGAAAAUUAUGACAAAUGUGACUACAACAACAAGACAUAUGUCGAUCACCACGAGCAAAGGAAGGCUACUUUACUCCUGUCCCUGGGAAAUGCCGGGCUGGACCGUUCGUACAACCACAUCCUUUCUUACAUCAGCACCCCCGAUUCUCCACAGCUGCUCAAGAGGAGCGGAGCGGUAGCAGUCGCCAAAUAUAAUCACGAACACGCUGCAUCGAUGCUGCUCAAGAUGGCUGUGGAUGAAGGCCAUGAGGACCACGUCCGCUACGAUGCGCUCUUGGAGUACAGGAGACACCCCAAGGCUGUGCCCAUAACUGACCUUCAUUGGCACCUUGUUAGAGGAUUGACAAACAUAACUGGUCUGGAGACGAACGAUCGUUCUCGACUGAAACGGGGCUUCUUGGACGACCUCUUGAACUUCAAGUUCGAUUUCAAGUUGAAGCUACCUGGCAUUGAGUGGAAGAAGAUGAUCGGAUCGGAAAAAGUUGGGGCUUCAUUCGGACUGACCAUUCGGAACAUCAUGGACCUGAGUAUAUCACUGCUUAAGGGUCACUUUAAGCUAGAUGUCCUGGACGAAGCCUUUGCAACCGCCCAUUUUGGUAUCAUCAAUUACAAUCUGGAUAUAGUCCGAAUUCGUGUCUGCUUCCGAGGUGGUAUCAAAUAUGACGUCAACAUUCUCAAGGAGUUUAACUUCGAAGAAGUCUUCCAAACAAUCAUCACCCUGGAUAAAGUCGUCGACAGGAUUGUAGGGACCAUUAAAAGCACCGUGAACAAUUUCAAAAACUUGUUCAACAGUGCCUCAGAAUUUUCGUUCCCAAGGCUGAUUGAAAAGUUUGCCGAUGUGUUCGAAAAUCUCCCCAAGAAGAUCGACGGACUCAUUGCCAUUGGACAAAAAACAACCGUGGUUCUUGGAGAGAUGGUCAACCCACCUGCCUACCUCACCGCUAUUGUCAACGUCGUACGCAGGGUCACCGGACUUAUGAACGACAUCAAGAGAGAUGUGACAAAGUUUGUUGAUAGCAUAUCGGAUGCCAUCACAAUCACCCUUCCGUGGGCAAUUGAGCAGAUAAAGGAGGCAGUUAACAUGGUCGUCAAUACCCUAAAGAACUUCUUCGCUAACCCCAUUGCUGCUCUUGGAGAUGUACAGAAGGCAGUGAUCAAGAUCCAGAACGGAAUAUUCAAGGUGCUUGAUGCAAAGAACCGGAUCCAAAAAUCUUGCUUGUUUUUAAAAGGACAAAGACCGUACUGGUUUGACAUCAAAACAGUAAUCACAGAGAUCUGGGAUGAGGUUUUGGCAGCAAAAGACGUCUUGAUAAACUCCGUGAAAAAUUUGGCCAAACCCGACCUCAGCGCUACAAAAUAUAACACUGCAAAGAGAUUUAAGAAAUUCACAGGCAUUGGACCGAAAGUAAUCAAGAAGCAACUAGAGGAUGAAGUCAUCACAGCCUUCGGAAUCUUUGAAGGACCGCUGAGGGUUCUCCAGGAGUUGGCAGCUCCCUUUGUGGACACCUACGAACUUGUCGUUGGGAAAAUGAGAGCUGUGAAGGCGGCCUACACCUUUGUCAAAAAUGCGUAUACUAAAGCAAGGACUUUGCUCAGCAAAAUUUUCGGACCGAAAAUGCACAAGGAUUUCCCAAGAAAACUACUGCAGGCUACAAGCUGUUCCGGCUACGGACCCUACCCAAGCACCGGCAAUGGGAAAUACAAACAUCAAGGUGUUGACCUGGAACUCAACAAAACAAGCAUUAAGGUCCCCUUCACUGGAAUUCUCAGGAUCAAUGAUUCGUCUGCGGGGUUGGUCUCCAUACUCGUUGACGACCCUGACGGUAUUGAACUGAUUAUACAGCCCAUCACAGUUCCCAGCAGUAAAAAUGGAAUGAAGGUAUUCAAAGGUGAGUCACUGGGAACUGCCAAGACAGCAUGUGGCAAAAGCCUCCAUGUGGCAUUUAGGAAAGCUGGAACAACUGACCAGUACAUCGACCCAAUGAAGUACCUUGAAAAGAGGAAGCCAGGCUUUCCCAAGUGGAACACCGAAUGUGAUGAUUACCGGGUGGUAUUGCUGGGCAUCACAUUUGUAAAGGGCUCGCUGACCAAGGGACCUGGAAACAAGAACACCACCCCAGCCCGUGCUCCACCACCAAAUACAAACGAUGUCACACCCAUUUCAAAACGAAAAAAGAGGGAGGCGUCAGCUACGCAACUAGCGCUGCAGGCAAACGGACCAACUCUCACGGCACAACUGGGACUGCCACCACUGUCUGAAAUCGGACCAGCUCUCUCAGGAUUCAAGGAUACCAAAGUCGCUGCAGUUCUUAAACUGCUGGGAAAAGUUGGACUUACAGACUUACAAAAGCAACUUCAAGGCGCACUUGACAUGUUAGAGGACCUACUAGGGGGAGGAAGAUGUGUGGCAUCCUCUACUCUAGAUGACGGCUCACUGAAAUUGGCAUUGAAAGCUAAAGGCUUAGCACUCAAUGGUUCUCGUGAGGCUAAGCUCAAACGCUACAGGGCUCCUAGUGCAGCCUGCCCCCAACACCACCCACAUAUCCCUGGAGGGGUAGGGUGUGCGUUUAAGGACGGGUGCUAUCAUAUCCGGUGUUGCGUGGAGCUCGUCUUUACUGUCUUCCGCCGUGUUUUUGAAGCGUCACUCAAACUAGACCCCUGCACCAAGAUUCUAACCCUACAGGUUGGAGCCUUCCAAAGGACCUUCAAUACUUCAAAGGUUAAAAUCGCGGAGAAAUUCGGUGGACCCAUUGUAGCUAACUUGGAUAUCCAUGAUCCGGUCGUGGUCUCGUUGGGAUAUCUUAUAAUGAAGCCUUAUCGUGGCACCACAGUGACAUUUGACCUGAAGGUUUCCAUGUGUGGAGCGAUGGCCUGUAUACCAUGGACAGAAGUAUUCAAGCAAGUAACCUUUGACCUGACGGCGGCCACAACGGCAUGCACUAAUAAGGAGAAAGCGGCGCCUGCUGCUGCAACCAAAAUAUUAGAUAUGGCUGCCCUAAAACAAAAGACGAUGACGGAGAUAAAGGAACUUGUGGCCAUAAAAAAUCCAGGCGGGUUCAAUAUUGCCGCCCUUAUGACAGAACUUCGUACAGCAUAUCUAGAGCUGGUCAUGGAGGCUAUGAACAAUCUCCUGGGAAAACUGUUUAAUGGACAGUUCAGCAGCUUCGACAUCUGCAUGCGCGGACAGAAAUUAUACGGUCCAUACGACAAGCAGUUCUUCAAGAUUGUUUUCAAUUUCAUGGUCGGGCCAGUUCCACUGUCGUUCGAGUUUGCCUCGGGGGGAAGUUGGAAGAUAACCUGUGGCAUCCAGCUCUGUUUCAUGACGAUGAAGGCAGUGGGAACGGCCACGCCUCAGCUCGGUGCAUACGUGUCCGGAGAGCUUAGUAUCAACCUUUUCCUCUUCAAAGCUGGGCUGAAGCUCAUCGGCUAUUUGCUGACUACCAAGUUUCCUACAAAGGCUGAGGUUGGGUUCAGCAAGUUUCCCCUGGAUGUCGCAUGCCGAAUGGAUCUGGAGCUUAUACCCCUCCGGCUUGAGCUUCAUGUUAUUCUCAAAUUGACUAUAAACCUCCUCUUUACAACGAUCGAGGAGGUUAUCAUCAAGGAGUUGCUCUGGUCAUACCAGACGCCGACCAUCACGGCAAACAUCUUCAACACGGUCAGCAAUGAGAAGGAUGAGUCGCCUCCGCAGUUCAAGAGUGUCACUACAGCGUCAAGCGGUGGUGUAGCAAGACGCGCUGCCGUGACCAGUAGCUGCACUGUCUAUCAGGUUAAAGGUCGUGACUACACCGAGCCAGCGUUUCAGCUUGCCAUUGCCGCAGACGACGAUAAAAGUGAGGUGACCGUUACUUACAGUAUUGGCACGUUCGAAGGAGGGAGUGACCUGGCCCAGGACAACGACUUGGGCGGCCCGUCGUCUAUCGUUGAUCAGGUUCUACCGGAACGCAUCCCUCUGUUCUUCACCGUCAAAGCAACCAAUUCAGGAGGGGGUUCGGCCAGUGCGACCUGCAGCCUGGACUACUAUGACUUGUCCCCCCCUGCGGGGCGGGUGAACCCAGACUUCGUCACCACCAGCAACCCGAACGUGCUGAAGGCCUCUGGUAUGGCAGUGGAUGAGACGCCUCUGACUGAGAGAAAGGAGGGUGUUGGCUUUGGCCGUGGCAUCUUUGGUGACCAGACCUUCCCGUGGUCAGAGGUUCAGGACCCGCCAGCAAGAGCCAUAGCAAAGACCAGCGACCCGAACGCUGAGCUGGUCGCUCUUACGAAGUUCGCGUCUCCUCAGCUUGGCAAGUUGAUGUCGACACCGUUCCAAGUCACGGAGGGGUACUCGAGUCCUGGGAAAUGUGCCGCCGACUGUCUGUCGUUCCCUCCACUGAAGUGCUACAGCUUCAACUAUGACUAUGGAGAGAGCGGGCGGUGUGAGCUCUUGGAAGAGGCCGAAGGAUAUGGAGUGCUGCUGCACACUAUUGGGCAUAUGCACUAUUUUGAACGACUUGGGAUCGGCAAAGCGGUUACUUUUAGCCACACUGAUCUGGAGUUGCAGCACGGCCAGCUGUACUACUUCAACUACCAUCUGACAAAUGAUCUUGGAUACAUUAGCAUCCUGACCUCUCGACCGGUGAAGGUUGACUUCACCCCAGUUGAACCCGGAAUCAUACAGAAUGAGAGUUUUGACAACACCACGAAGGAGCCAUGUCACGAGCUCCUUCCUGAUGAGUGGGAGAACAGAUGCAUUGAUGAAGCUAACUUACCAAACCACAGGUACAUCAUUGAUGGCGACGGAUCAACAACUGUGUUUAAUGGACACACUCCAUUCGUAGACCUUCUGUACACACGUGCAAACCAGUAUGUGUCAGCCAACUGGGAUGGUUUCCAUGACAACGAGACAGGAAUCUUUGGCUACACCUGGUCUGCGGGUACGGAACGGUGCCAGGAUAACAUCCAUCCUCACAAGGACCCCCAUUCUCACCUGUUUGAUGAGUCAGAAUGGACCCACACUGGAAUCGCUCACCCUCUUGACCUUCCAGAUGGCAAAUACUAUGUUAACGUCCGUGCCGUAAACAAAGUUGAAUAUGGUGGACCGCUCGCUACAACCGUUUGCCACAGCCGCCCAUAUGCCAUUGACAACACGGAGCCUUUCAUAAACGAAGUGCAUAAUAUGCUGUAUAAUGACCAGACACAUGUCAUAUCAUCAUCAUACAAUGUUAGUGACCCGCUCUCUGGAAUCGAACUGAUGCACAUCGGACUCGGCAAGAGCAAGAGGGACACGUACAUCCUAGACUGGUUCCUUCACGAGGACACACAGUUUGUAAAUUUCACCUACAAGGUCGAAGACGGUCUCCCAACUUGGUUGCGUAUCCGUGCGGUUAACCAUGUUGAUCUGCGAACCACCGGUCAUGGGCCGUACCCAAUCAUGAUCGACAUGACCCAUCCUCUUGCUGGCGAAAUAUACGACGGAAAGAGUCAUGGUCGACAAGAGAACUACACAGCUACCCAGGGCGAAUAUUGCUCAAACUGGGAAAAUUUCCGGGAUCCAGACACAGGAAUAGCUGACUACUUGUGGGGUGUGGGAACAUCUCCAGGCGAUGACGAUGUGGUUGCGUUCAAACGUCUUGGGCACACAGUCUUUCUGGAGUGUGACAGAUCUGUGAACCUGACGCACAACGCAAAAUAUUACUCAACGCUGUUCGCGUUCAACCGGGGACACAAACGACUUAACGUGUCAGCCACCACCACAGGAAUAAUGGUGGACCUUACUCCGCCCAAGGGCGGAUACCUGGAAGAUGGAGAGAACCCUGGGGAGGACCUGGUGUUCUCUUCCAACCCUGCCACCGUGUCAGCCCACUGGGGAAACUUCUCUGAUCCGGAGUCCGGCAUCCAGGACUACACUAUCGCAGUUCUCAGGAAACCAAAAAAUCAAGCUGAGAAUGAGGUGAUUCACGAUAGCGAAUCUGUCGGGCUGCUCUCAAGUAUCCGCUGGCAUCACUUCCACCUGCACCAGGGAGACCAGGUGUUCGUGAACCUCAAUGUCACCAACAGGGCUCUCGGAGUGACAAGCAUGCUUUCCAAUGGAUUUGUACUCGACCUGACUCCACCAAAACUGUACUACCUUCGUGACGGCUUGAACCCUGACAAAGACAUGGAAUACUCAUCAAGCACGACACAGUUGACAGCAAGCUUUAAGUUUGAAGAUGAAGAAACAGGUGUGAGCUACAUCGAGCUGCAGGUGUACCAGAAGUAUGGUGGCUCAAAGACUUCUUUGCUGAGCAACAGUGUUAUCCUUGAAGGAUCAGCACAGAACUGGACGUCAAAUGCAACUCUAAAUCUAUUCAUCGGUGCUCUCUACACGAUCAGAGUACAUGCCAUCAACCCCGCUGGACUUACAGCAGUUCAUGAGACCGAUGGUGUUCUUAUCGACCCUACGCCACCUCUGCUCCUGUAUGUUCAUGCUGGAGUCCUCUCCGGAGACGAGGAGCUGACCAACGGUUAUGUGGUCAUCACCGACGCAGGAAUCCUGGCUGCCAGCUGGCAGGGAGUGGACGGGGAAAGUGGAAUCGAUGCCUACUGGGUUGGAUUGGGAACCACAUCUGGAGGAGAUGACAUUGUGGCAUUCUACAACGCGGGGGAUGGAACUGACGUCAUUCUAACAGAGCUUCCUAUCGAACUGACCGUAGACGGAGCCCCGAUCUACUACCUAUCAGUCAAGGCACAGAAUGGUGCCGGAGCUUACUCAGUCACACUGACAUCAAGCCCCAUUAAGGUUGUGAAAGCCGAUGUUGCUGGCUUGGUAUUUGACGGCGCUGGUGCCAUCGACCUGUCAGCUCCCACAACGGAUGUCAACUACCAACUGGAGGCAACAACAGUCAGUCUUCAGUUUGAAGGGUACGAGAGCGCUCAACAUGGCAUUGCCGGCUACGAGUGGGGAGUAGGGACAACUCCCGGCACCGAUGAUAUUCAGCCUUUCACGGACGUGGGAAUACUGGCAUCUAAAGACACACCAGGGAGCGGAAUUGCUCAGAUUCCAUUGCCCCUUGUCUCGUCCAACCGCUACUACUCCAGUGUCAGGGCAAUAACUGGAGCAGGAAAUAUCCUAGAGUCGACAUCAGAUGGCUUUGGUGUGGACCAAUCGGCUCCUAGUGUUUUGUUCACAUUAGUUGGCGAGGAAGAUGACGACGACUCUGAAAACGAGGAACGCCAGAAACGAGGGACUGUUUACCAGGGAAGAAAUGUGGGCAGCGUGGCUGCAGAAUGGAACAUCACAGACGACGAAAGUGCUAUUGCUGCGUCAUGGUUCGCAAUCGGGUUUACACCAGCCAGUUCUGACCUGUACAACGUCACCAACACCAACAAGAGAACCAGCAUCCCGGCUGGCCUUCUGACUCCACCUCCUGAUGGCAUCCCGAGUGUAGUCACUGUGUCUGCAAUAAACUUUGUGGGGCUGGUUUCCACAAAUGUCACACCUCCAGUUGUUUUCGACGGCACCCCACCAGAGCGCGUAGAUCUUGCGUGUCCUAAGCACAUAUCUGGUGAAGAGCCAUUCACAUGUAGCUGGGACGGCAUCAAAGACCUGGAAAGUGGUGUGCAACAUUUCAUCUUCACCCUUGGCUUGAACGAAACGGACAGUUCAGUCGUCGAACCCACCACUCUCUACCCACCAACAAUGUCCAUCAGCGUGAGAGAUUUAAAUGAGAGAUUCCGUCGUCAUGGUACGAAACUCUACGCCACGGUGAUUGCUGUGAAUGGAGCAAAUAUUCGCAGUUCAAGCUUCUCUGACGCGAUUCUCGUGGACACGACUCCACCAGUAGCCGGAGUAGUCGUUGAAGUCAAUGACAACGUGACAAAGGAGCUCUGCAGUACCAGAGAUGAAUGCCUUGCGAGUGAUGUGAAAUGCCAGACAUCUGUCGAUCAUGUUCAUAUUGCAUGGGAGCCAUUUUCAGAUCCUGACUCAGACAUAACGUGGUACGAAAUCGCCAUUGGGACAGGUCAAGGAAAAGCAGAUCUGCGGGACUUCACCAAAGUGCCUCCAGGCAUGACGUACUACGUUUUCCACCCCAUCGAUCUGAUGAGUGUGUCCAAGGUCUACGCCAUCGUUCGAGGCUACAAUGGAGCGGGACGAUUCGCUAUCGCGCAGUCCAAUGGCGUUUAUAUCAGCAGGUUAUCUGCAGGGCUGGAGCCUUUGGAACCCCAAUUCGUGCACGAUGGGAAAAUGCCAGGCAUAGACAUGGAUUUCACCGAUACCACUGAUGAGCUGUCAGCCAGGUGGAGCUUUGGUGACCCGUGUCCCAUGGUCCACUAUAACUGGUCGAUACACCGGAUGGAUGGUGUGGUGGUCCAGCCCCCCGCCACUCUUCCCGGAGACCAAACAUUAGGAGAAAACAGCAACAUCAAGGCAAAAGACGGGGAAUCCUUUUUUGUCGUUGUACGCGCGACAAACCAACUCGGAGACAACUUCGUCCAACGGUCGAACGGGAUCAGAGUCAAGCUUGAGCCUCUCAGACCUGGGAUUGUCCGAGAUGGGGCGAUUCCAGGGAUGGACCUCAACUAUCAACCUUCAAACACUACGCUCUCAGCCAACUGGGACCAGUUUGGCAAUGACAUAUUCGUACCUGAAGUUGCAAAUGGUCAGUAUACGGCUCUACUCUACUAGUUCUCGAAAAUGAUC